AUGCUCGGCAACUUCUUCUCCUCCGACGACAUCACCCACGAGCCCACCGUCGAUUAUAAUAGAACUUUGAAUCGAGAAUGGGCUUCGAGGAUCGACGUGCCAGAUCAAAAGCUCCCCGGCGGCUUUUCUCGCCUGAAAACUGAGCCUCUUUCCCACACUGUGCCUGAUGCUUCAGCAGCGCAUGCUGCCCUUGAUCUAGACGAUGAGAUCGAUGUAUUGAUGAAGCUGGCAGCCGACCGUGUGCGUAACAACAACACUUUCCUAAAGCGCUUGGAUCUGGCCAUUGACUGCGCUUCGGCCGAUGCAGCGAUCGACGGCUCAAAUCAGGAACAGCGCUUAACUGAUCUUCAGAAGCGUUACGAUCAGCUUCGGGAUGACCUGCUCCGAGAGCACGAGCUGUAUACGGAGAUUUACAAGGGCUACAAGGAGCUAUUGCUGAAGCAUAAUGCUCUUUUGAAACAGGGGACCUCUGAUACCGCUUCAAUUGCAAACAAGGUGAACGAGAUCAAAUCUGCAAGCGACCAGAUCAAGGUCAAGCAAUUAUGUGAUGCUUUGUUGGACGAAUUAAACAAUGCACAUUCUCGCUGA